UUGCCCACUAGAUCUGUUUAUUUUUACGUAAACUCGUGCAUUGUCGCUUGUUUGAGUGAGCUGACCACUCGCUUUGAUCAAUUUAGAGUUGGAGUGUAUGGACCAGAAGUGGAGUUAUGAUCUGGCCAGUUUAUUACGUGUACAUAAACCACAUUUUAUCAAUAUAACAUGUAAAGGCAGUGAUAAUGGAUUUGUUGCCUAUCAACAUGCACUUACUGGGCGUUUUUCGCACCAUCAAAUAGUAUGGAAAAAAAAUGGCAAAGCUUUUCCUUAUCCGUUGACAUUUCCUGUGAAAUUUUGCCCUUUUGAUGAGAAUCUCUGCUUUGGACCGCAUAUGACUCAAGCAGAUCUACCCAAUGUAGCCUACCUUCACCUGUAUGUUAUUGAUUCAGCGUCUGUUGAUGAAUAUCGCACAUCCGUCAGGCACAACGUUUCUGAAUGGUUUGCAACUGUAAGUAGUAAAAGCGAUGUCCAGUGGUUGAUAGUUUUUGAUUCAACGAGAGCAAAAGAUAAGAAGAACAGAACCAGUUUGCUGGAGAAGUUGCGCCACGACUUUAGCAAGCACACUAGCAGGCUGAUCGAAGUUUCUGAUUCUGUGGAACAUGGUUCAUUCUCUGGCUUAACCCAAGCGGUGCAGAAUGCUCUCCUCAGCCAUCUCGAUAUCCUUGUUGGGACUUGGGAAGCUUCGUUGAAUGGAUCUCGUGCCAAGUAUACAGAAUCAAAUUGGAAUCUAUCUUCAUAUUGUUCUUCAACGAUGGAAUACGCGCGGUUGUAUUGGAGCCUUGGUGCCCUAGAUCAUGCCCUUACCAUAUAUGAUGAGCUUGAUGCGUUCCUUAUGAGCAUCGUCACCGAAAUGUGUGGAAUUGAGGCGGGACGUGAACCGCGUUGGGUUGUUUCAUUGCGAAGCGGAGCAUUGCCUUUUCGCUCGCUGUACUCUUCAUUUGAGCAGGCAAAGCUCGACUGCAAGAAAGAUCACGGUUUAGUAGCCAUUCGGCAUUUCCUGUUGGCACAACAAAUAUUACUCAGCCUUCACAUGUAUAAUGCACGACAUCGCUCACGAGGAGCUCCACCAUCUAUAAGAGUCGAUUUUGCUACAUUGGUACUACGGUAUGCGAGGCAUGUGAUUAGCACCGCAGCGGAUCAGUCACGUUUUGCCUUGAUGAAUGUCGACUCUGCAAGAUUAGCAUGUUGGAGCCUUGUUGUGUCUGGAGAAGCCUUGCACAUUGCUGGGCUUUUGGCGGAUCCCUCGUCAGUAGACGCCGCUGCAACGGCUAUGUGUGCUCUACAAAUGCAGCGUUUUUUCUCUAUGCUCGAUUUGGCGAAAUUGGAGGAACCUGAGAAAGCCGAAGCAAAAAGUGCAUUGCUUGAAUGGCUUUCAGUAGAGGAUCCCAGUGGAAGUCAGGAGUUUUUGCGAGAUAUACUACAGUCGCGGACUGGUUUUGCUCAUCAGCUAUCGAAGGCUCAUGAUGCUGCGACGUCUACGUUACUUCAAUGGGGUCGAAGCCGGCAAGCGGCGCAUAUAGGCUAUAAGAUGGCGGAAUGGCUGAGGAGGAAUGGUAAAGAAGAAGCUGCUGUUCCUUUGGAACUGCGGUUCAUCUCUUCUUUACUGGAAAGCGGCAUGAAAUCACAGGCAGUGGUAGAUGUAAUGAAGCGUGUUGUACCUUAUCUGAAGGAUGAUAUUGACUUUGAACGACUGCUUUCAUUUCGACUGUUUAUGGCUGUUCAUGAGAGCGACGAAGUGGAGCGGAGGAAGAUUGCGGAAGAUCUUAUCAGUCAGAUCAGCAGAAGGAAUCUCGGGCAGAAAAUUAGCCUGACUGAACCGCCCGGAAUACCCAAGAAUAUUUUCCAAGCUGUCGUUGGAGGUUUUACACCGUUAGUACAAAUACCCAAUGGCCGCGCCUCGAUGGAUUUCUUCGUAACGUCAUCACUGUCGAUCGUGAUACAAAAUUUCUGCCUGAGGGUCAAGUUAAGAGAGGUGGAUAAGCAUGUACUGUCGAGGCGGAAACGACCAGUAUACGAUGUCCAAUAUAAUGAACGUGAGCAAGUAUGUCGCAUUGUGACACUAGAAAAGCAAUCUACAUCACGGCGAAAGUCACGCCUGAGCCCAAGGCAGUCCUUUGAUACACACACCGCUGAAGAAAUUCUGCUCACCUGCUCUAAUCAGGAGUUAGCGCCUGGUGGAAAUGAAAUCACGGUGUCCGCCGUAGCCAACUCGCGUGGUUGCUUCCUUCUCGAAUCGGUGCAAGCGACUUUGUUUGAUGGGGCAUUAACGGUAGACAUCGACGACGUUACUACUCGACGAUUUGUCACAGUAUUCGUGCAAAGCACGCCUAAUAAGCUAUGGAUAGACGAUAGUAAAGAUCUCUUAGCAGGAGUGGCUCAGCGAGUGAAUGUUACCAUCGAAGCUGGGUCAUCUGUUGAUUGUUCAAGAAUUGAAGUUCGAGCGGAUACGGGCGAGGGAAUUGAAUUUUUGGGUUCUGAUGGAAAAUGGUUACCAAACAUUACCGUAGAGAUUCCUCCACUUGGUGUGAGUGCACGACACACAUUCGAAUUAGUAUUAUGUCUCCUGAUGGAUGCAGGAUUGACAGCCUCUCCAGCGAUAAGAAAGGCAAAGAUAUCAUUUGAUUGGCUGGGAAGAGUAUGGACCGUCGAAUUGCCAUUCGUUGCGUUGUUGAUACUGACUUCAAGUACUUCUAUGCUCGAAAACAAGACCUUGUUCGAACUUGAAGUUGCGCGCGCCGUCGGCCAUGCUGAGGAAUGGACAGUGGUUUUGGAAAAUGCUGUUAUCGAAGCAGUGGACCCAAAAGCUGGCGAAGAUGAGCCAAAUAAGCUUGCGAAGUUAAUCAAUAAUGAUCUUGGAGAACUGAUACCGAAUGUUGUGGCAAGUCUGAUUUGGGUCUUACCAUUGACAAGCGAAUUACCGAUCUCACAUAAGCUCUCAAUAGACUAUCGAGUGAAGUCCAGUAAGAAAGCAGAGUCAAAUGGCAAAAGUGAGGAUUUUAUUGAUCGAUUGUAUACUUACCGGGAAACGUUUGAUCUCCGUGUACCUAAGGUAGGCUACGAAUUAUGUGCGCAGAUGCUCUCACAACAGCCAGGUGCUCAGUUGUGUCGCGCUGGUUCCGCCUGUGAUCUCGUAAUAUCAUUGAGGUCGCUCUCAUCAACACCUAGUGUGGAGGUGGUCUACAUUGUGCUAGAUGCUGACGAGAAGUUAUGGACACUCACCGAAAGAGCUAAAGUGCUUCACGUGAAAGAAUCGGGCUUGGGUCAGAUUGCCUUCAGUGUGGUACCUUGUGCUGCCGGCUUCUUGCCGUAUCCAUCAGUCUCAGUGUACAGCUGUAAAACCCUUGGGCCUCAUAUGAGCGAAACUUGGACAGAAGGUGUAGAUAUUCUGCCUGGUGUUCCAUUGUUGUCCUUUCUUCGGACGGCAGGAAAACAAAUUCGAGUUCUGGCGGCUACCCAUGUGGAACCAGAAUCUUCGGGACAGAAGAAGGGGCUUAAACAUAAGCUUGGUAAGCUGUUCGAUUGAACCACAUCGACUUCAGUCUAUCAUCACUACCCCAUCACUUUCUUGAACGACUCUGUUUAUCUGCAUCUGACUCCAUACGGGUGCCCCAAAUCUAGCGCAAGGA